CUCUAAUGAAGAAAAUCAGAAAGAAAUUUCGCUGCUGGAUUUUUCGCGAGUAAAAACGGCAAAAAAGCGAACGCACACGUUAAAAAAGUGGACAAAAAUAUGAAACACGUGUGUAGCAAGUAAAGCCACAUCAAAAGCGCGCAACAGAAGGAGGCCUAACACUGAAAUAAAUAAGCCGUGCGCCGCCUCAGCAAUCAAACAUGGCCCCCACCCCCUUGCCUCUGCCGCUCGAACAAAUGCCCGGCGUCGGUGGCGGCGGAGGCGCCUACUUGCCCGCUGGACAGGAGGGAGGCCCGCGGAUCAACACCAUGUCCAUGUCGGUUCUCAUCGAUUUCAUCAUUCAGAGGACUUACCACGAGCUCACUGUCUUGGCUGAACUUUUACCCCGAAAAUCGGAUAUGGAGCGAAAAGUGGAGAUCUACGACUAUGCGGCCCGGACACGGCACCUUUUCACCCGCCUGAAUGCGUUGGUAAAAUGGGGAAACUCAGUUUCCAAAGUGGACAAAUCUUCGCAGAUUAUGAGCUUUCUGGAUAAGCAGAAUAUGCUCUUCGUGGAGACUGCUGACAUGUUGGCCCGCAUGUCCCGCGAAACGCUAGUUCGAGCUCGUCUUCCCAAUUUUCACAUACCUGCUGCCGUGGAAGUUUUGACCACAGGCACCUAUAACCGGUUGCCCACUUGUAUUCGCGAGAGAAUUGUACCGGCCGACGCCAUUACCCCAGAGGAGAAGCGUCAAACGCUUCUGCGACUGAACCAGGUCAUCCAGCACCGCCUGGUUACCGGCAAACUGUUACCCCAGAUGAGGGAGUUUCGUAUUCAGAAUGGACGCGUCACUUUCGAAGUGAAACACGAGUUCAGUGUGGCCCUUACGGUAAUGGGGGAUAGCCCAACCGUGCCCUGGCGUCUGCUGGACAUUGAUGUGCUCGUUGAGGACAAGGAAACGGGAGAUGGCAAGCCCCUGGUUCAUCCGCUGCAAGUAAACUAUAUUCACCAGCUAAUCCAGGCCCGGCUCGUGGAGAAUCCGAAUGCCCUGAGUGAGGUGUACAAUUGCCUGCACUACUUCUGUCAGUCCCUGCAGCUGGAGGUUCUUUACACUCAAACUCUUCGUCUGAACUUCGAAAGAUUGGACGAGAACAACAUUACGGUGGAGGAAUAUGUGCCCGGCGUCAAGCUGACGGUCUCGUAUUGGAGAGACUUGAAGUCAGAGCUAGGUUACCGCCUCACUGUUCAGUCGGAUCCGAACGAGAUUGGUCGCCCGCUGGCGGUGGUCCAUGUGCCAUCGCUGGGUGCCAAAGAAUCGGCUGAGGUGGCUGAUCGAGCGGUGAGAUCCGAGCAUCUCUCCAUGGAGCGCCUGAUUGUGCACACUGUUUACAUUCGAUCCGUGGGGAGGCUGAGCGAUCUCAAGCUCGAGUUCCAGGCAUUCCUCAAGGACGUUGACUUUAACCUCCAAGGCACGCCGGCUAUUCUGACUGUUCCCGUACUUUCUCCGUGCCUGCGAGCCGAACAAGUUCACAUUACCAUUGACACUCACACGGGAAUGUUCCGCUGCCACGUGCCCAAGCACUUGGACUGCCCAAUAACGGACGAGAUGCAAGACUGCUUGAAUGGGGAUCGGGGCAAGCUGCCUGCAUUGCUCUCAGAGUUGCGCUACUGGAUCACUCAUCGAAGGUGCGAAAAGACCCUGCAGCAUCUUCCAGCGACGGCAACCGAGACCUUGCCCUUCCUGGUACAACCGGACCAAGAGCUUCUCCAGCCUGGCAGGCACAAAAUCUACGUCAAGCUGCACAGACAUCCCAAUAUUGUUUUGGUGGUCCAACUCAAGGAAAAGACAACCAUGCCCAACGAAAUGGAGUACACCUUCCACUUGGGCUUCGUGGCCUUCCAGAAGGAUGAGCUGGACGUUAUAGAUGAAUCCGCUAAGCAACUCGUUUCGGUGGUCUCCCAGUCUCCCUCAGACAUUCCCAAGUUCUACACCAAGCUGAUGCGCCUCAUCGAGUUCGACACUUUUGUGGCCACGCAUGGGCCAGGCACUGAAGUUGAUGCGGAUGUUUCCCCGCACAAACGCAAGUCUAAUGGAGACCUCCUGGCGCCACCAGCUAAGCAGCAAAAGACCAUCUUUCCCGCCUACUUCAUUCCGGAACUAGCACACGUUGUGGCCAUGUGUGAUGAGAAGAUUCCGUUCAUGAAUUUGGCUCAAACCUUGUCGAAGCACAAUAUCCCCCACAGCGGCCUACAGGUUGAAGCCAACGCUACUUCACUCGUGCUGAAGAUCCUCGCCCUCCCACAGCCUGGCAAGACGACGUUUUCAAGCCAGCAGCAGCAACAACAGCAGCAGGGUGGAGCAGCUGCGACCGCUGGAGAUUCCAAGCCGAGUGGCGCCUCGGCUCUGCCAAAGAUUGAACCACAUGUGUGGGACGAUCUGAUGCGAAGAGUGCUCUCCAUUUCGAUAAGGUCGCAGACGAACAAGAACAGCCAGGUGCGCAUCUGGGUGGUGGAGUUCGUGUUCUAUAGCACCCCGCUGCAAAGCAGUCACCAGAAGGAGCAAGGCAGCCGGAGAACCGUUUACCUAAACUACGAGCAGGCUAACCACGACUUUUCCAAAACAGUCGAAGACCUGCUCAACGACUGGUCUAAGAUAGUUUACCUCUACACAUUGGUCCACGACUUUGCCGAACAGUUGAAAAAUAAACGGCUCUCCUUGUGCGAUAUGCUCGUCGUUAAAUCGUACAGCUAUAUGAACCUAUUGCUCGGAUACGGACCGAAGAAGGAAGUCAGUUGCAACAUCUACUGGUCGGUUCAGUCACACGGCUUCCGACUCACUUUUGUGGGCGGCAUGUCCGCGGUGAAUGCACACUCCAUGAUGCGGGACCAACUGGCUCAGCAUCUCAAUCAGCAGCACAGUCUCACCCAGAUCGCACAAAUCCUGCACGAGACUUACAACCCACUGAGCUCCGUUGCCAAGCUGCCGGUGCUGCCUUUCCUGGGAAUACCGCGGCCCCAAGUACCAGUGCUGUCUUUCUGCAUGCUGGCCCAAUCGCCUUGUUUAAUGAGGCUGACCUACCAGGCGGUUUACUGCUUAGAACUGCGCUUCCGUGCCAACCGGCUCGUGUCCAUCCGAGAUGGAGCGAGCAGCCGCUUCGAGCGCAAUGUGGUGGAGGAAAUCACGCCCAUUCAGGGGCUCAAGGCAUUCCUAUCGAAAUAUGUUGAUGAGUCGGCAGCGUAUAGAAGCCGCGCUGCCCACGAGGACGACAACCCGCUGUCACCCAUGGGCUUGGAGGACAACUUCGGAGGUCCGAGCAGUGUAGCGGGUGUAAGUGCCGGUGGAUCUUCCCCAUUCCUGGGCACUGGAAUGCGCGGACCUCAGUCACCGCGAGACAGUGGACUCCGAUUCCCAGCUCCUCAUACUCCGCCCUCUAGUUCUAAUCCGCACACACCGGCCAGUCCACAUCCAAGUGCUGGAGGAGGAGGCGGUGGCACUGGAGGCCAGGGACAUGGAAACUUUAACCUCACGUCUCCCCCGGCGCCGCACAUGCCGCAUCCUUCACCAAGUGGACUGAUGCCUUCGUCUCCGCUGAAUCCCCAGCCCAGCCCACACAUGGUCCACAGUCCGGGUCCAAAUACCCUUUAUAUGCAGAGUCAUCAGGACUCGCCCUUCACAGCUAUGUCGCCGGCGAACAACAACUGGCCAGGAUCACCCAGCAUGCCGCGACCCUCGCCCAGGCCAGGUCAGAGUCCAGAGCACAAGAGCACUGGCGGCGGAGCUGGAGGAACUGGCGGAGCCGAUAGAGCAGGAUCUCGUGGCACCCUAAACCGACCAUGGGCCGGAGCUGUUCCCACUCUGCUGACUCACGAAGCCCUGGAGACACUCUGUCGACCAAGUCCGCAUCCCAACAAGGAUAUCAAUGUGCCGGAUAUGAGUCCACUAGAGCGCUUCUUAGGAUGUGUUUACAUGAGACGACAACUGCAUCGGAACAUCCAGAACGAGGAAGCCCUGACAGCGCUUAAUUCCACGGAACCCGGGGUGGUAUUGUUCAAAGUGGACGGACUACAGUGCCAGGUGGUGCUGAAUCAAAUUCACAUGCAGACUCUCCACCUGAAGAUAUCUCACUUGCCACCGAUGCCCGACAAGCUACCUCCACCCUUUCAACUCAGCCCGGACGAUCUGUUGGUUAUUGAACAGUACUUUGACACCCGCGUAGCUGCUCCACCCUAUCGCCCGAACUCGCUGCACAGCAUCUGUCGACUUCUCAAUCUGCCAGCCCAGGUCCUGAAGGACUUUGUGCAGAUCAUGCGCUUGGAGCUGAAGCCGGAACUGGGUGGCGACCAGCUGAAGUGGACCGUGCAAAUGUGUAUGCGCAUGCCGCCGUCUGCCGUUCCUAUUGUGCCCAUUGGAAAUACUUGCGUGGUGCUUGGACGCAUGAAGAUCCUCUUCUUCCUGCAGAUUACAAGAAUCCAAUACGGCGGAGUGGUUGGAGGACCCAAGGACUGGAAAGAUAGCCCCUCGCUGGUGCUACCAAUCGUUUACGACAUCCAGACGAACAUCACCCAGAUGGCUGAACGAAAUGGACAGGUUACGUCGCCCACCAUGACCGCCGCUAGCACGCUGCUCCGACGCUUUGCCGAAUUCAACGCACAGCAAAAUCAAUGCUCGCUCUUCCCAGCCAUCACGGAUCUGCUGACCAAUCUGCAGCUGGCCACUGAGAUGCCCCAGCCUCCACCUAACCAAUCCAUAGGGCCUCCUGUCGGCGUGGGAGUAGGUGUGGGCGUAGGCGUGGGAGUCGGUGUUGGGGUGGUGGGAUCGAGUCCGAACCCAAUGAUGCCCAUGCAGCAGCUCCAGCCACAGCAGGUUGGCCCUCAGGGCCCUGUAGGUCCAGGUGGCUACCCGCAAAUGGGACCCAAUCCUGGCGGUCCGCAGUGAUGAAGGCGCAAGCGCCGCGCCUCCUCGCAGCAGCCGUAAGAGCUGAGCACAAGUGAGCGGGCAACCGGAACGGCGAACGAUUAUUUAUUUCAGCAAAGUGGCCAAGGAAUCUUGGGGAAAUUGAAUCUGGAGUGGGAUGAUUAGGAACAAAAGUUUGGAAUCCUACUUUGCAUGCCCAUCUAUAUCUACAAGAUCACCAGAGGAAUGUUCUAAUGGAUUUGUAGAGCAUUACACUAAAGUUUUUUAAUUUGUUAAAAAAGAAAUUUUUCAUCCCGCUCCAGUAAAUUUUAAAUCAUAC